AUGCGGUGGUUAGCCGCCUUCGCCGCCCUGCUAGCCGCCGCCGUCUACACCGAUGCCAAGAAGCUCCGCGAGCAGGAGAUCAUCCAGCGAGCGUUGAAAGACUACGAUUGGCGAGUGAGGCCCAGGGGGACAAAUGAGAGUUGGCCAGAUACGGGCGGUCCGGUGAUCGUGACGGUGAACAUCUACCUCCGAUCGAUUUCCAAGAUUGACGAUGUCAACAUGGAAUACUCGGCGCAGUUUACGUUCAGAGAAGAAUGGACUGACAAGCGGUUGGCAUACCGAAAAUUCGCCGAAAACGAUCCGGAUAUCCAGAUCCCUCCAUUCGUCGUGUUAGCCACAAGUGAGCAAGCCGAUCUCUCGCAACAGAUCUGGAUGCCCGAUACGUUUUUCCAAAAUGAAAAAGAAGCGCGACGGCAUCUUAUCGACAAGCCGAACGUGCUGAUUCGAAUCCACGAGGAUGGGUCGAUCCUGUACAGCGUUCGCUUGAGCCUGGUGCUCUCUUGCCCGAUGUCGCUUGAAUACUACCCGCUGGAUCGGCAAGACUGCUUGAUAGACCUCGCUUCAUACGCCUACACGACCGAUGAUAUCGAGUAUGUGUGGAAGAGGGAGAAUCCCAUUCAACAGAAGCAGGGGCUAAGACAAUCGCUGCCCUCGUUCGAACUUGCCGACGUCACCACCGACUACUGCACCAGCCGAACAAAUACAGGCGCGUACAGCUGCUUGAGGACGAUUCUGAUGCUGCGCCGCGAGUUCUCCUACUAUUUGCUGCAGCUGUACAUCCCAUCCUUCAUGUUGGUCAUCGUCAGCUGGGUGUCAUUUUGGUUGGACAAGGACAGUGUGCCGGCACGGGUCACGUUGGGGGUCACCACACUUCUCACGAUGACGACACAAAGUUCUGGCAUCAACUCAAAAUUGCCGCCGGUCAGCUACACAAAGGCCAUCGACGUGUGGAUCGGCGUCUGUCUGGCGUUCAUCUUCGGCGCGCUGCUCGAGUUCGCGCUGGUCAAUUAUGCGGCGCGGAAAGAUAUGGUUCGCCAUGGCCCGCGGAUGGUCCAGAAUCAGGAUGGCGGGUAUAGACCGUUACAUGGCUCGCAGCAAAGGACCUCAUUUUGUUGCAAGAUAUUCGUGCGACGAUACAAAGAACGAUCAAAACGUAUUGACGUCGUUAGUCGACUCGUCUUUCCAAUUGGAUAUGCCUUUUUCAAUGUGCUCUACUGGACGCUGUAUCUGAUG